AUAGCCUACUCUUCAGUAACGCAGGAAACGAUGUGUAGUUUUGGUUAGGUCGAAGUUAAGAUUUAAACUCGUGUUUUCGGAUAUUUUUUUAUUUUUUUUUUUUUGUAGCUGUUUUAUUUUUCAUCAUUUGAGUGUCGCUCCUCUGUUUUGAUCCGGAGCUGGAGGCGGUUUGGUAGCGUUUGGUAAAAAUGCCGAUACUACCUGUCGCUGUCUUGCUGCUGUCGCUUCUGAAAGUGUCGGAGUCUGUUCAGGUGGUUGUUUCCCAGGCGGAUUACAGCAGGACACUGUUUGCCAAUGUGAUCCUCCGCUGUGACUACUCCACCUCUGCAAACCUUCAAGAUGUUAUUGUCACAUGGGUUUACAAGUCCUUCUGCAUGGACCCCGUGCUGCAAUAUUACUCCACAGCAUACCAGUCUGCACUACAGUUAGGACAGGAUCCAUCAAUUAACUGUCAAGAUAAUCAGCGGACAGUACGCACUGUGAUCCAGAAAAAAGGAAGCAAUGAGCCUACACUGGGACCAGAAUACCGGGAACGCAGGAUUACCAUCCAGAACAAGGCAGACUUGGUGAUCACUGAAGUGAUGUGGUGGGACAACGGCGUGUACUACUGCAAUGUUAAUGCUGCUGGAGACACAAGUGGCAUCAAUGAAUCACCAGUGAAACUUAUUGUCUAUGGCUGGUUAACUGUGUUGCUAAUCAUCAUCGGUGCCCUCCUCCUCCUCAUGCUCAUCUGCAUCUGCUGCUGCCAGUGUUGCCCUCAGAUAUGCUGCUGCUAUGUUCGCUGUCCCUGCUGCCCUCAGAAGUGCUGCUGUCCUGAAAAAACCGUGAUGCAACAUCGUAUGAUGAAGGAGGCUAAGAGGGCCAUGAAUCCUUGGCUAGGACAACCAAUAUAUGCACCAUUGAGCCAUGCCUCCACUCAGAUGAAUCCAAUGCUUUACGCAGGAUCUGUUUCAGGGAAUAGCAUCCCUUUAAAGCCAAUGCCUCUCCCUCCUCCUCAGUCUUCAGCUUACAGUAUGCCCCCUCCCAGUGCCCACACACCUGCCAAUAAUCAGAUGCUGGAUUACCUGGAGAGCCAAGUGAGGGGGCUGGAUGUGAACAGUCCUCUUCUACAGUCCCAACCACGGCCACCACCCCAUGCCCAGCAGUUUCCACCUCCUGCCCAGCACAUGCCCACCAACGUCCCAUUUUCACCUGGGCCUCCCAGCAUGAUCUCUGCACUCAAUGAUGGCCCAACAGAGCGUCGCAUCAUUACACUUCCACCGAUAAGGGAGUCACAGUUAGGCAGAAUUCCACCUCCUGCACCCAAGACUCGGCCACCAAGUUCCAGCGAGAGCAACCACAGCGGCUACGCUCGUCGCAACGAGCGAGGGUCAGCGGGGAGACGUUACCCCUCACCCCCGAGAUCCAGAGGUAUUCCCCGUAGCUACAGCGAGGAGUCAGUGGACGGGCGGAGUCACAGCAGGGCACGACCAAGCAUGGACCGCCCUCGGUCCCGCUCCAGGGAUGACUUGUUUGACAGCAGGUCCAGAGGAAACUACUCGAGAAGAGGGUCCUGGAGCUCUGACGAUGAGGGAAGCAGCAGAAGAGGGGCAGUAAGAGGAGGAGGUGGAGGCUGGACCGAUAAACCUCCCAGCUACUCAGAGUACGAACCCGGACAGAAACCAGGAGCACGAAGAAAUGAUCGCUACUCUGAAAAGGCUUCUCGAAGUGGCGCCAGCAUCGUCAUCUGAACCCUCCGUCUGUGAAAUGCACUGUGACCUCUGUUUUAGAGAGCAUGCCCAACUCCACUAGCCUGUUGUCUGGCUAUGGGUGAACCUUUUAAAGGCCCCUGUUUUUUGUUUUGUUUUUAUUAAUGAAAUUACUAACUCAUUUUACAUUUUUGAUGUACUCAUAAAAUGUGAGAUGGAAAAUAAAAAAUCAGACAUUUGUCAUAAUCCCUCCUCUUAAAGUGUGCAGGUCAGAGAGGGCAAAUGGCUGAUGACAGAAAGGAAACUCAUUGAUUAAAAUAAAACCAAACGUUGACUGACUUCUGAACAGAAACUGAGGUGGUACUCCCCUCUACUGGUUUGUUAGUGUAAUGAAAAUAUUUGGAACGGAAUCUGGAGUAAAAGCCGCCUGUCAUUUUUACUUUGAAGUUCUGUUUAUUUGGAAGCUAAUUCUUAUAUGGGAUGAAGUCAUAAAACUACUGAAGGUACAGAAGAAAAUAUUCUCAGGGUCAGUAAAUGAAUACUAGUUUAAAAACAAAAGCCAGAUCAAUAUGAAAGGACUCUUGUAAAUACGUAAAUUCAUUUUAAUGGUUUUUAAUCACUAAAUGUUAUUUUCACAUCUCCUUAUAUUACACAUUCUUAUAUUGUGAAAGAACACGUGUGCACAAAUUAGCUAUGGCUAGUAAAUAAUGUUUUUUUUAAUUAUUAUUCAUAACUUAUCAAACACUUUCUACAAGUAAAUGAGUAAUUAGUGAUGUAGGAACCUAAGUAAUGCCAGGGCAAACCUUUUUGAUUAAUUCACUGUUAUUAACUUUUUUUUCCCAUCUUUUUUGUACUGUACAGUUACGUUAUGUCUGUUUGCAAUACUUCAAUAAAUCUUUGUCUUCUGGGGAAUAACA